UCCCGGUCCCUCCCCGCACCUCUGCCUCUCCCCACCCCGCCAGUGUCUCACUUAGCACCCCGCGCCCGGAGGAGACAUUGCAGACAGCGGCCUUCCUCUUGCUGAUGACCGGGUUCCUGUUUGAUCCUGUUUACAGGCUUACGAAGAUUGAAAAUAACCCCAACUCCUCUGCAUUGGUGUUGGAAGCAGAAGAAAAUAAUACGAAAAGGAGUUGAGAAUUUAAGCUGGGAGACUUGGCAGCUUAUUCAGAGACAGCAGAUGUGUAAGCAGCCCUUUGGAAAGAAGACCAAGUGUAGUUUGUGACAAAAUUGAGUGGAGAUGAUCCCAAGCUGAAUGUCAAAACAGGAUCUUCUUUUAAGUUCACCGAGUGACCUACAAUUUUAUUCCAGCACUUAACACAGGCAAAUUAUUGUCACCAGUUCCCAGAUUCCAUGAGAACCCCAGGCAGACAGCAGAGCCCCAUACUGGAUGUCUUCCAAGCGACCAGCCUCUCCGUAUGGGGAAGCAGAUGGAGAGGUAGCCAUGGUGACAAGCAGACAGAAAGUGGGAGAAGAGGAGAGUGACGGGCUCCCAGCCUUUCACCUUCCCUUGCAUGUGAGUUUUCCCAACAAGCCUCACUCUGAGGAAUUUCAGCCAGUUUCUCUGCUGACGCAAGAGAACUGUGGCCAUAGGACUCCCACUUCUCAGCACAACACAAUGGAAGUUGAUGGCAAUAAAGUGAUGUCUUCAUUUGCCCCGCACAACUCAUCUACCUCACCCUUGAAGGCAGAAGAAGGUGGGCGUCAGAGUGGAGAAUCAUUGUCCAGCACAGCCCUGGGGACCCCUGAAAGGCGCAAAGGGAGCUUAGCGGAUGUUGUAGACACCCUUAAGCAAAGAAAAAUGGAAGAGCUCAUAAAAAAUGAGCCAGAAGAAACUCCCAGUAUUGAAAAGCUACUAUCAAAGGACUGGAAAGACAAGCUUCUUGCCAUGGGAUCAGGGAACUUUGGAGAAAUAAAAGGGACUCCAGAAAGCCUUGCUGAGAAGGAAAGGCAGCUUAUGGGUAUGAUCAAUCAGCUGACCAGUUUGCGAGAACAGCUGCUAGCAGCUCAUGAUGAACAGAAGAAACUGGCUGCGUCGCAGAUCGAGAAACAACGCCAACAAAUGGAGCUGGCUAAGCAGCAACAAGAACAGAUUGCAAGACAACAGCAGCAGCUCCUGCAGCAACAACACAAAAUUAACCUUCUUCAGCAACAGAUCCAGCAGGUCCAGGGUCAGCUGCCUCCAUUAAUGAUUCCUGUAUUCCCUCCAGACCAACGAACCCUAGCAGCAGCUGCACAGCAAGGAUUCCUUCUUCCUCCUGGUUUCAGCUACAAAGCGGGAUGCAGUGACCCUUACCCUGUUCAGCUGAUCCCAACUACCAUGGCAGCUGCUGCAGCAGCAACACCAGGCCUAGGCCCACUCCAACUGCAGCAGUUGUAUGCUGCCCAACUUGCUGCGAUGCAAGUGUCUCCAGGAGGCAAGAUACCUGGCAUACCCCAGGGUAACCUUGGUGCUGCUGUAUCCCCUACCAGCAUCCACACAGACAAGAGCACAAACAGCCCUCCACCCAAAAGCAAGGAUGAAGUGGCCCAGCCUCUGAACCUUUCAGCCAAACCCAAGACAUCUGAUGGCAAGUCUCCCACAUCACCCACCUCUCCUCAUAUGCCAACUCUGAGAAUAAAUAGUGGGACCAGUUCACUAAAGUCCUCUGUGCCAGCAACAUUAGCUAGUCCUUCGGCCAGAGCUAACACAAUAGAUAUCCUUUCUUCUAUCACGUCGUCAGGUUAUUUAAAUGACCACGACGCUGUUACUAAGGCAAUCCAGGAGGCUAGACAGAUGAAGGAGCAACUUCGGAGGGAACAACAGGUGCUGGAUGGGAAGGUGGCCGUUGUGAAUAGCCUGGGUCUCAACAACUGCAGAACAGAAAAGGACAAAACAACACUGGAGACCCUGACUCAGCAACUGGCAGUAAAACAGAGUGAAGACGGGAAGUUUAGCCACGCAAUGAUGGAUUUCAACAUGAGCGGAGAUUCUGACGGAAGUGCAGGAGUUUCAGAGUCUAGAAUUUACCGGGAAUCCAGAGGGCGCAGCAGCAAUGAGCCCCAUAUCAAGCGCCCAAUGAAUGCAUUCAUGGUGUGGGCUAAAGAUGAACGGAGGAAGAUCCUUCAAGCCUUCCCUGACAUGCACAACUCCAAUAUCAGCAAAAUACUAGGAUCUCGCUGGAAAGCUAUGACAAACCUAGAGAAGCAGCCAUACUAUGAGGAGCAGGCCCGACUAAGCAAACAGCACUUGGAGAAAUACCCAGACUACAAAUACAAGCCAAGGCCAAAGCGUACCUGCCUUGUAGAUGGCAAGAAGUUACGCAUUGGCGAGUACAAGGCUAUCAUGCGCAACAGACGCCAGGAGAUGAGGCAGUACUUUAAUGUUGGGCAACAAGCACAGAUUCCCAUUGCCACCGCGGGCGUUGUUUACCCAGGAGCCAUUGCCAUGGCAGGAAUGCCUUCCCCACAUCUGCCCUCGGAGCACUCGAGCGUGUCCAGCAGCCCGGAGCCUGGGAUGCCUGUCAUCCAGAGCACUUACGGCAUUAAAGGCGAGGAGCCUCAUAUCAAGGAAGAGAUGCAGACCGAUGAUGUCAAUGGAGAAAUCUACGAUGAGUACGAUGAGGAAGAGGAUGACCCCGAUGCAGACUAUGGCAGUGACAGUGAAAAUCACAUUGCGGGGCAAGCCAACUGAUCAGGGUCCAAAUAUCUCGUGACCUACAGGACUUCGAGGAGAUGAGAAAAACAAAAAAUAAAGCCCCAUCUGGUUUAUCUUUGCCAGUGGCCAAGCACAUGAACUUUCUCAUACACUGACUGUUACUUUAACUGUUAGUCUUAACUAGUUGGGACAUCAGCUGACUAAUAGACAUCAGCCUGCAUCAGAAGAAAAAAGGCUCAGAAGAAAGGAAACAAAGACAACGACGACGACGACAACAACAACAGAAUGAUAUAAGCUAUGGGUAAAAUAAUGCCAGUAAUUCAGCUGCUAUACCCAAGCACUGAAGUCUUACCCGUCGACCUUUUAUUUUUUUUUUUUUUCAAAUAAACUUUAUGGCUGUUUGUUCUACAAUGUUCUAGAAAUUCUCACUCAGGUACACAGUGCCAACAAGUGGCUUGUGAAUGUGUUUUGUUGUUUUGUGCUACAGUUUAAAGAGAAAAUUCUUUUUUUUUUUUUUUUUUUGGUAAUGCACCUGACAGGAAAGAAAAAAGAAAAAAUUCCUUUUAACCCCCCUCUGUCUCCUCCUCCUCCUCCUCCUCCUCCCUGGCAAAUCUGGGUCAGAAGUGUGUGCGUGUGCGUGCGUGCCUGUGCGCGUGGCUGGCAAGGAAGGAAGUGGGGAGUCUGUUUCUGUUAACCCCAACAAGCAAUUAUUUCCUUUCAAGAGAGGACUCUCGUCAUCAGUUGCACACCAUACUGAGUCUUUGAGCAAGUGCCAAAUUUGUACUGAAGCGCUGAACUAGUCCAAUUUGCGCUUUUGUUUUGUUUUGUUAGUCUCUUCUUCUUGGUUUAUUUUUCUUUCACUCUUCUUUUGCUUCCCGCUCUGUCUUAAGUUAGGACAUUGUUAUAUCUUAGACAAUCCCUUGAAGAACCUGAUAUACCAGCAGCUGGUGAGAUUAGACAUAUAUUUUUGGGUUUGCUUUUGCUUUUUAAAGGAAACUGUAGGUGCCGUUCUCAGGUGAAAAAAGAGAGAGAGAGAGAGAUAAGAAAUUUAGAGAAAAAAUAUUUUAUGGUCUUGGAUUUUCAUGUGUGCGUGUUUAUGGUACUAAUAAGAAUAAUAUUGGACUAUUGUGAGUAAAAAGCAUGUUGCAGAAUGAAGUCCUGCACCCUCCAAAUGAUUUGGUCUGUAAAGAGUCUUUGCUUUUAAUUUACACUUCAAGUGACAGCAUAUACAAUAUAAAACAAGACUUGUCCCUACAAAAGACAAGGCAACAGGAAAUGUUGCCUCCUCGCUGAGUGUAAUUAGGUUACCAUGAUGUCCCGUUUUGAUGAACUUGUACCUUCAGGGUGGCCAAGUACCGAUCUCUGAGUCAAAAGUCUUUUUUUCUUUUUUAAUUGACUUUUUGUUUACCUUUGCAUUUGCAGAAAUCCAUUUUUAUCAGUGGGAUGCUUGUGUAGGAAGGAAGACUAAUAGCUAUGAAGAGACUUCCAUGUUCAAAGUGGGCAUGUCAGAACCCGCAUCUUUGCGAUCCCUAGCUGCUGCCUCUCACAAGUGAAAAACUGUUCUCUAAAAUACUUUCGACAUUACUCUAGAGCACUUAGAUGUGUUGUUCAGGCAGUUUUACCUUCCUUGGGCAACAUUAAUGUAAUCCUGAACAGAAGUUAGCCUCUUGCAUUUUCAACCAGGUAACUGAAUGUUACUCUUUAUUGCAGAAACAAAUAAUGUAAAUGCAAGUGAAUCAAAUAAUCUUUUUUCAUCUCUUCAAUCUGAUCUUCCUGUACAAUGAGAGGAUCCAGGUUUGUGUAGCAAGACAGAAGCAUUGCGACCUGAUCUAGGUGAACCUGCUUCUGCAGGGGGGCUGGACUAGAUGAUCUGUAAAGGUCCCUUCCAACCCCUGCCAUUUUAUGAUUAUAUGAUUCGAUCUAAACCAACCAACCAACCAAAAAGACUACCCCUGAUUUCAAACAGCAGCUCUACAGGAGCUCCUGUGUGGUCUGGGAAGGGAAGGCUUCAGAUCAUGCUAAAGCAAAAGGCUUCAUUUGAGUUGAUUAUCUGGGUAUGCCACCUUUCUAUUCAUGUUGCUCCCUGGUAAAUUCCUAAUCCUAGAGACUCACUGCUAUUGUUACCACUUUUAACAGGUAAAAAUAGUCCUGUGCAUCUUAGUGCCAGUGAGAUCCCAGCCCAAGCAUUCACCAAAAUGAUGGUCUUCAGUACUUGGCAACAGUGAUUUGCAAAUGAUCCCUUAAUCAGGCAAAUUUAGCCCUCAGUGCAAUCAGCCAUUCGAGUCCAGGUGCAGGAUGAAAGGGGCAGAUAGAUGGGAGUCCUGGGAAGGAGGAUGGUGGAGUGAGGGAUGUCUUCCUUUGCCUUUUUUGAAAUCCCACUUGAAGUGUAACUUGACAUCUGCAGACCUUGUGCAAAGCGAACAAACAAAUGCCAUGGAAGACUUAGGACAAUACUCCAACGAGCGGUUUGGACGUAUGAUAGUUUUACCCUGAAACGUCUGGUUUAUUUUUUUCUCCUCUUUUCCCUGCUUUUUUUAUUUCAACCUCUGCCUCGAAUAAAAUCUUUUCUAUUUUCUCUCUCUCAGAAGAUUUGCUCUGAAGUUAUGCUUGGAGUAGCUGAUCAUAUCCUCCAUGUCAGAGAGGGUUCUUUUUGUUUGUAUUUUAUGACUGUGUUGGGUUUUUUUUUUCAGUUGAACUGCCUCUUCUUGCUAGUGUUGUAAUGGUAAUUAUAAUAAUAAUAAUAAUAAUGGUCAGCUGUUCCCAGAUUAGUAAAUUAUGUAUAAUUUAUUUUAUCCCCCCCCCCCUUUUUAACUUUAUUUUAUUCUGUUCUAAUUUGGCAGUACAGCAAAGGAAGCUGUUAGGCUAUUUAAAAUGGAUACCCCUCCUCACCUUGCCUUUUUAUAUAUAUAUAAAUAUAUAUAUACACAUAUGAAAACAAAUCGCUUCUUCUUCUGCUCACACCAUUCCUCUUUCUUUAUUUUAAUUUUAUCCCCAGCCAUGUCGACUUCUGAUGUUUCAUUAUGAUGGAGUGAAUUAAUGGGAGUGUUGUUUUCAAUCUUAAUUAAUUUCUGCUCUCUCAUCACUCAUUUUAGUUAUUUGAUUACAGCAGUCAUCUAGAGCCAAUUUUUUUGAAGCACUCUGUUUGAAUAAGAAGGAAAAAAAUAGACAAUUGUUUUUAUAUCAUUAUUAUGUACAAUGUGAAAACAGAUAUUUGCUCCUUUUUUUUUUUAAUCUUUUAAAUUUGUUCCCUGUCUUUGUGAACAAAUUACUCCUGACUCUUGUGGGUUCACCUCACAUUUGCUGGAUGCUUGAUUUCCACCAUAUCAUAGAGACUCUCUGGUUUAGUUGUGUCAUUUUGGACUACCAGAAUACUUUGUUUUAGCUCCAGGUAGGUGCCACUGUGGCAGGUAUGAUUGGAGCAAGUCUUAGACACGUGGGCCGAAAAGCCAUCCUCAGGGAUGUUAAUGGGAAAAAGGCCCUUUAACUUCAGCGGGACCAAAUUUCAGCCCCCAACUCUGGGCUUCCGCGCUGCAGGAGACGCUCCUGGAAGUAGCUCCAUCACCACGGGCAGGGUUCAGGGUUGGCCCUGCGCCAAAGGAGCGCCUAGGCUGAGAGCACAAGGCCCAGCUCUGCUCUCGACAACGUGACAGAGGACAGAGCCCUUCUUCGGGAGUGCUCUGCUUUGCUCACUGCCUUGGCCUGGGCGGAGGGCUCGGGUGAACCCUAAUUUUGGUACCGUAUGCAUUUCUGUCUGAGAGACUAUGCUAUAGAGCCUGGGGCUUGGUCAGGCUUUGUGAAUGGGUAGCUUAUCCACGUCCUGCAUUUGGAUGUUGAAAUCGAUGCAGCAAUCUUAAAAAGGGCAAAAUGAAAAAAACCAAAACCCAAAUAAAAAUAUCUGGGUUCCCAAAACAGCAAAAUACUUAGCACUUGUGCUAAUGUUUUGUUGAGUCCAAGGAUGAGCACCCAUAUAUCCUUUGACAACAGAAGACGAGAUUUGAAAAUGAGUCCUUGUUUGUCCCUCUUUAAAUUCUUAGGAAAACACCAAAACAUACAUUAAUAAAAAAAAAAAUAUUCUUGUCAUUUUUUUUUUUUUUUUCCCUGGGUUCUGUGCCCUGGAGCAUGUAGAAAAACCAGGUUAGAAGAGAUUAGGAUCGUAUUAACCUGAAAGCACAUCGAGGCCCUGAUGCUGAAGUGGCCUUUGUUCCCCUCUUCCCUGGGAGCCUGGAGAGUGAGGAUGAUCUUGAGGAGCUGUUAAAGUUGGGGAGUUGGGGGGGGACAUGCAGGCCAUCUCCUCCGAAAUCAGGGGAGCCACUUGCCGUGCCUCUUGUCAGCUUGCAAAAGAACACCACCAGCAGUAGGGAAAAGGGGAAAAGAAAGAAGAAAAAGAAAAAAAACACCUGAGGCACUUGCUUCUAAGCUCAAUUAAAUAACACAGAGUAUAUCCUUUUUCAAUUUAUUCAUGCCUUAUAUUAGUAAAAUAGGAUUUUUAAGUGCAUUUAACAUCUUUAUUUAACCGUUCCGCUAUAUUAAUCAGGCCCCCAGAAAAGAACACUAGCUAUUAUUAUAGCAUUUAAUUAGUUUUGUAACCAAAUCCUCUUAUUACGAAUGCAUAUGGAAGAAAUUCUUUCUUCGAUGACAUUAUUUCAAAGAUUUGGUUACUGCAGUAGACUCUCUCUUUAAUUAAAUCAUUUUUUAGAAAGUAAAUUGUCUUUAACCUUUUUAAAGCACAUUUUCAGAGGUUUUUCUUUUUAAUCCAAGGAGAUGAGCUGUUAUUGUCCCCGAAGAAGCCUCUGACAUCAUGUUCAUAACAUCAAAAAUAAUUAUACUCGGUGGAAACGUAGACCUUAGCAAGAAUUCAUCUGCUAGAAUGAAUGGCAACUAUAUGUUACCUUGUACGUUUAAGGGCACGAUGUACCGGAUGGGAAGUAUUUUUGUCUGCUCACUUCUCGAUAGAAUCAUACCUUCAGUUUUGCAAAGAACUGUGUGUAAUUCACUAGAUGUGGAUUCAAGUGUAUCCUCAAUUCACAGGGCAUGGGCUGGCUGUUUAGCUUGGUUUAUAUUUACAUUUUUUCAACUUUAUCUUAACUUGUCAGUUUCCCAGAUUGAAGAACAUGUCAAGUUCGUUUUUUCUACUGACUGAUUUCUCUACUCCCCAGUGUUUUUGUCACUGGUUUGCUGAAACAGUAUUUAUAUAGCUCCAUUGGCUCUAAAGCUCUUACUCCUUCUAACGUUUUGGAUUUUACAAGUGAAAUGAAAAUAAAAAAGAAAUAGAGACAAUCAAAUGCCUGGAGCUUAAAACAAAGUAUGUGCAACCUACCAUCUCACUUGAAAUUUAAUAAAAGAAAUAAUUAUGUAAAUAUAACAUAGAGUUAUAGAUUUAUAUUUUGUUCAUAACACAUAGUGUAAUAUAAGUUGUAUAUUUUCAUGUUUUGGUUUUAUGUUACCAUUCAUGCCACAAUAAAUAAAAAAAACCCAGAAUUUGAUGUACUCUUUAAAAAAAAUCCAAUGUGGGCUGCCACCAUCCUGGGUUUUUGUUUUCAUUUUUUAUUUUUGUUUUUUUUGUUUCUUUUGCAUUCCCCUUUUUCAGUAUUACUGCCCUGCAAGGCACC